CUGCCGGUGAGUGUGUGCUGCUUGCGUGCGCGCCCGGGAGGGUGUGUCCCUCAUGUGUCCAUGUUUUAUAUUAUUAUGUUUUUCACGUCUGUGUGUGUUUGUUUGCGAGCCUAUGCGCGCCUGCUACUCCGGCUGCAGUUUUCGGGUAGAACUAUCACUGUCUACGGGUACAGGUUUGUCACUGGUACUAAAGCAGUGGCUUUCAAAAGCGCACGUUAGAGUGAAUAGGAAUUCUUUACUUCAACGCUCCUGUUGGUGAAUCUGUAGCAUUUCUCUUUGCAACGAAGAAUAUAAAUUUCCUUUUUCUGGACGAUUAUUUUUACUGGGCUAAACAACAGCUGCAGACAAGACUGGAUUUUUCCGCCUCUACAGGAGUAAUUCCCGUACAAGCAAGAAGUCUACUCCAGGGCCUUGCUGCCUAUUGGUUGCCGGCGAAAUUUCAUCAAAGAUUAUUUACCACCGACCCUUAAAACGCAUUAUUAUAAUUGAUAUUGAAAGCUGGCAAGUAGUAGGCACACCUGAGACUAGAAAACUCAAGAGUAGUAACAUGGACAGACAUACGACUCUGUAGGUGCUGAAAGUGACGCUUCUGUUGAUUCCAAGCACCGCCUUGGAGAAAAUGGCACAGAAAUAUCAGAAAAUAGACGGAGAGUGCUCCGACCACGCGAACAAGUCCAAGCACUCUUUCUAUAAUAAAG